AUGGAGGACGUGGAGCGGGUGAAGGCCGAGGCACUGCAAGUCAUGGGACUGUUUCAAGUGCUCCCGAGGCUGGUCGUCUUCGACCUCGAUUACACUCUUUGGCCUUUCUACUGUGAGUGUCCAUCGAAGAACGACACGCCUUCUUUGUUUCCUCAUUCCAGAGGUAUUUUGCACGCACUCAAACACCAGAGGAUUGAUGUUGCAAUUGCUUCUAAGUCACCAACUCCUGACAUUGCAACCACGUAUCUUCACAAACUCAGCAUCAGGUCAAUGUUUGUCGCCGAGGAAAUAUUUUACAGCUGGACACACAAGACAGAUCAUUUUCAAAAAAUUCUUUCAAAGACUGGGGUCCCCUAUAACUCCAUGCUAUUCUUUGACGAUGAUGAUAAUAACAUCCAACAGAUCUCAAAAAUUGGAGUAACAAGUAUUUUGGUUAGAAAUGGGCUAGAUCUUGAAGCAUUUAGAAACGGCCUUGCAAAAUUUUCUCAAAACGGGAAUCGAUCGAAGAAGAACAAGCAGAAAAGGCCCAAUUAA